ACGCGUGAACACAACCUGGAGAGUAUUUGGACGUUUAACAAGAUGCUGCUGUUGACAGUAAUAUUUUUCUGACCCCGGAAAACCGCGGUGGUAACGUACUUUGUUCUGUUUCUGCAAAACAUAGCGACAGUCUGUGUUUCCUAGUUUUAUUAUUUUGACGCAACCGCAGUUCUAAGUAAAUGUUGGCGAUGCUACGGCUCUUCACUACUCGUGGCUGUAACGUACUCUGGAAAUGCAGUCACUUUGUGGCAUCCGGUGUUGCCAAGAGGCCGGUGAGCAGUUUCCUCAGACAUCGUAGACCAACCAUCCUUGCUCACCACUUCAGUACAGUGAAUCCUGCGGGGAAAGAUGCUCUCCAGACAAAAACAGACACAUCCGAGCAAAUAGAGACACUAGAUCUGGACGGAUGGAAGUCUGUCAUGAGAGCUCAAGCUGCAUUUGAGGAGAAACAAGUCAACGAUGAAGUGGAAGCAAGCGGUGAUGGUGAAAACUUGGCAGGACCAGAAGGUGAUCGAAAGGAUGGUUCUUCACUGGAGGCAACCAGGGACAUGGUUAUCAUGUGGAGGCAAGCUGGGAAGUUUGUACCUCAAGAAAUGACAAAUGAGGAGGUUGAGACGCUGGAAAAGCUUGCCACCAAGACCGCCGCAAAGAGCUACCUGAAGUACCUGGCUAUCAAGGAGCGCUACAAACUGGCCCGGAAGGAGAAGCAGCAGAAGAGGGCUGAAGAGGAAGCUUCAUUGCAGGAGAAGAGAGAAGACAACUACGAGGAUGACGAGGAAGGAUGCAAAUUAAAAAACGUGUUCCUCCUUCGCUUCUGGACUCGUUCUCUGGAAAGACAGCUGGGCUGGAAGGCUGCUCAGGCCAUGCAGUUCGGUCAGCCUCUGGUGUUUGACAUGAGCUAUGACUCCAAAAUGUCCAGGCGGGAGCUGAGGAACACAGUGAAACAGCUGUCAGAAGCAGAAAGUUGGAACCGGCGUUCCAUUGAGCCCUUCCACCUCCACUUCUGCAACCUACAACCAGAUGGGCCCUACAAGCAGGAGCUGCUCAAACGAUAUGGUGCACAGGCCUGGGACCGCCUGCUGAUCACCAGCACUGACCAGCAGCAUGUCAACGUGUUCCCACGUGAGCAGCUCGUCUACCUCACUGCAGACUCCCCCAAUGUUCUCCGCACCUUUGACCACACCAAGGUCUACAUCGUCGGAGCUCUGGUGGACCGGACGAUUCAGUCAGGCGUGUCGUUGGCGAAUGCCAAGCGUCUGAAGCUGGCCACAGCCCGCUUGCCACUGGAUGAGUUCCUCCAGUGGGCGAAGGGAGCCAAAAAUCUGACUCUGGACCAGAUGAUCCGCAUCUUGCUCACACUCAAGGAUACGGGGAAAUGGGAGGAAGCACUGACAUUUGUGCCUACAAGGAAGCAUGAUGGCUUCCACCAACAGGAAGCACAGACUCAAAUGACCAAUAACAGAGCUACAAGUGUCACAAAUCAUAGAGAAAGAGAUGGAGCCAACAGGUCUAUGAGAUUUGAAGAUAAAAACAGCGGAAGGACAUUUAAAACCCAGAGUACUUACAAGUCCCAUAACGAGUCUGGGUUCUUUGGUGGGGACAGAAUGGCUGGACAGGCCGGUGACAAAGAAAACAAACAAGCUGCACCCAAAGUACGGACAUCAUUUAAAAGCGACAUGGACACGAGAAAAAGUGCAGGCAAAAACAAAAUGAGGUGGCAGAAUGAGUGAAUCCAGCAAAAACUGUUAACUGUUAUGAACCACUGUCUGAGGAAAUGUUGAAAACUGAGAAAUGAUGAAUAAAAUGUUGUAAUAUG